CUAAUCCGGAAGAAGGCUCACCUCAACCCAACUGUCUUAAUUUUCUUUUUUUUCACCCAACAUUUUACAACGGCUUGUACUUGGCCCAUUUUGCUGAAAGGGCACAGACCCAAAACUCAGUUGUUAAAAUUACCCAUUUGCCAAGGUGCUAUAUAUCUGAUUGUAAACAAUUGGAAACACCGAGUCCGCCCAAAACCCUAGCGUUCCAUCUGUUCCUCGACCCUUCCCUCAUCCGCGAUGGCUGCAGCAGUUCGUCCACUCGUCAGCGUACAAGUUCUUGAGGGCGAUAUGGCUACCGAUGAAGCCCAGACAGUUCCACUUCCUGAUGUUAUGAAGGCAUCGAUUCGACCCGAUAUCGUUACAUUCGUCCACUCCAACAUUUCCAAGAACAGUCGGCAACCCUAUGCUGUUAGCAAGCACGCCGGACACCAGACAUCCGCCGAAUCAUGGGGUACCGGUCGUGCAGUGUCCCGUAUCCCCCGUGUCCCGGGUGGUGGUACCCACCGCGCCGGUCAGGGGGCUUUUGGUAACAUGUGUCGCGGUGGACGCAUGUUCGCUCCUACGAAGAUUUGGCGUCGCUGGCACCGUAAGAUCAAUGUCAAUCAGAAGAGAUACGCUGUCGUUUCAGCUAUUGCUGCUUCCGCAAUUCCAUCCCUCGUUUUGGCCCGUGGGCACAGAAUUGAGUCUGUGCCCGAAAUGCCUCUGGUGGUCAGUGAUUCUGCUGAAGGUGUUGAGAAAACUAAGGAAGCCAUCAAAGUGCUGAAGAAGAUUGGUGCUUUUCCCGACGCCGACAAGGCAAAGGACAGCCAUGCAAUCCGUCCUGGUAAGGGUAAAAUGAGAAAUCGCCGAUACAUUUCUCGCAAGGGUCCUCUGAUUGUGUAUGGAACUGAGGGAGCAAAGGCUGUGAAAGCUUUCAGAAAUAUUCCUGGAGUUGAGAUCGCGAAUGUGGAGAGAUUGAACCUUCUUAAAUUGGCUCCUGGUGGUCAUCUUGGGAGGUUUGUUAUUUGGACCAAGUCUGCUUUUGAGAAGCUGGAUUCGAUUUAUGGAUCGUUCGACAAGCCAUCUGAGAAGAAGAAAAGGUACUUUCUUCCUAGAGCUAAGAUGGUUAAUUCUGAUUUGGCGAGGAUCAUCAACUCCGAUGAGAUUCAGUCCGUCGUGAGGCCCAUCAAGAAAGAAAUUAAGCGGGCCCCACUCAAGAAGAACCCGCUUAAGAAUCUCAAUGCUAUGUUGAAACUGAAUCCAUAUGCUAAAACUGCCAAGAGGAUGUCACUUCUGGCUGAAGCGCAGCGUGUGCAAGCAAAGAAAGAGAAGCUUGAUAAGAAGAGGAAGUCUGUCUCUAAGGAGGCGGCUUCUGCUAUAAAGGCUGCUGGAAAAGCAUGGUAUCAAACGAUGGUGUCUGAUUCUGGUUACACGGAAUUUGAGAACUUCUCUAAGUGGUUGGGUGUUUCCCAGUGAAGUAAAUCACAAAGAUUUUGUCUUUUGUUUCGAUUCUAUUGCAUCUCGUUUGCAUUUUUUUUGACAUAUCGAUCAUAGCCCAUAGGUGGGAGGAAAGCUAGCUAGACGACGGAGAUCAUAGAUUUUUUGUGCCUUUUAUCUCCCACCACAACCUAACUGGCCUUUACUGGUUAGUUGAGAGAGAUUUUAUAAUUAGGAUUGCAUUUGAAUACUUUGUGAUCCCAGUUGUCGCCAUACCGCAUUUGAAGUCAGACCAUAUGAAAUUUUCUCUGUUGAGUGAUAUCAUCACCCAUUUUCUUUUUCCCAUCAGCAGUAUAUCAUCAAAGUAUAUAUACCACAAGCCAAUUUUCUCCUGUUACUUUGAUAUUUAUUUGUCCUCAAUUUUGUAUUUGCCUAGCAAUCUGCACUUUAGAAUUAUCCUAGUUCAGAUGUUGAGAACUGCUGCACUGAAAGUUGGGUAAUCACUCAUGAAGACAUCCUAAGCGUAGGGGAGAUUUGUUAUUCUGCAUUUUUGCACUUUUUCGUUCUCUUUUUGGGUAAAAUUGCCUAUAUGGACUAAAUGAUAAUCAUAUUCCUCCCUGAGGAUCUCUGCAUUAUAAUUCAAUUUCUCAA